AUGCAGUUGGAUGUGUUUCAAGCAGACUUCAAACUUUACGAUUCUAUAACGCGUACAUAUGCGGCUGAUAUUAUACGAAUGGUACUGCGAAUAGCUGCCGUUAAGUAUGAUGAAGUGUUGAUUGAUGAAUGCAGCGAUGACUGGCAGCGAUUGAAACAAGAUAUGCCGUUAUGGUCAUUGCCUGUUUUGGAAAUCGAUGGUUUGAAAAUCGCUGGAACAACAACUAUUUGCAGACACUUAGCGUGGAGAUUCGGUCUCUCCGGACAAACUGCAGCAGAUGAUGCAGUAGUGGAUAUGCUGUCAGAUUUACUGCAUGAAGGUAGUCAAGUGUUAGAAUGUUGGCGAAAUGCUAUUAAGAAUAACGAUGGUUCAGAUUUUCAGCUUAUUUCACUGGACGAGAAUGCAAGACAUUACGUGAGCACUCGUUUAGGACCAAUUCUCGAGAAGUAUCUUUGCAUGAAUGCGAAGGGGUUUUUGGUUGGGGAUAAGAUGACAUGGGCUGAUAUCAUGGCCAUAUCAGUUUUCAAAACAUUCUUCGAAAAUGACCGAGAGGAUUUGCUUUCCGCUUUCCCACUCAUCCGACAACAUUAUGCGAGAUUCUCACCUGCUGUUGCUGCUCAUCCCGAGAAAGUUAGCAACGAAGAUGCGGUCAAGUCUGAUCGAAUGGAUCAUUAUCCGAAUGAUAUUGAUCAAAUGAAGCAGAGUUUAAAGAAGAACGUUGAUCCACACCAUAUGGUUGUGCUGACGUGA